AUGGCCAUCAAUACGGAGAUUGAGCAGCCAGGCUCUGUGCCUGGCACCAUCCACCUUGUCGACCUGGACCACACCAUGCAUACUCGCCAUGCCGGUGGUGGUGAUAUCGUCUUGGUUCCUACCCCUUCCAGUGACCCCGAUGACCCACUCAACUGGUCUCCUCGUAGAAAGAUUCUCUCGACCAUUUGUUCGAACCUAUAUACUUGGUUCACCGGAUUUGCGGUGUCUACCGUAUACUCUGUCCUCGUUCCACUGUCCGAAGCAUCCGGCGUCUCGGUCAGCACACUGAAUGAAGGGACUGGCUACAUGUUUCUCUUUCUGGGUUGGAGUUUGCUCUUCUGGCAACCUUUCGCCCUGAGAUACGGCAAACGUUUGUCCUAUCUCAUUUCUGUUCUCGGUGGUAUUGGCAUCAGUAUAUGGAGCGCCUAUGUGAAAAGCAAUGGGGAAUGGAUAGCCAGAUGUAUUCUGAUGGGCUUUUUCAUUGCACCUAUCGAAGCCCUCCCGGAAAUAUCCGUUACCGAUAUUUACUUCACCCACCAGCGUGGCACAUGGAUGGGUGUCUAUGCUUUUACAUUGGCCGGUAGCAACUACUUUGCCCCGGUUAUCUGCGGUUUCAUCGCGGAAUAUCAAGGGUGGAGAUGGGUCUUCUACUGGCCGGCCAUAUUCCUCGCGGCAACAUUUAUCUUUUUGUUCCUGUUCAUGGAAGAGACGAACUACACUCGAAAGACCACUGGAAUUGUUGCAGACAUAGAAUCGCCACCACCAGAGUCCGUGACGGAUACGGAGCAAGAGAAAAACCCUACUGUGCGGCAAUCGAAUAAUGUUGAACCCGGCGAGAUCAGCAAGGCCCCAAAAACGCUUGCCCAAAAGCUAUCAGUCUGGCAGCCACACCCAGGUCAAAGUAUGAUAAAGCGUGCAAUCCGAAGUCUAAAGUACCUGGGAUGGCCAGUCAUCUUUUACGCCGGCUUCUCCUAUGGUUCCUACUUGAUCUGGUUCAAUGUCCUCAACGCCACGGCUUCUAUCAUUCUCGGAGGCGAACCUUACAAUUUCUCUGCGUCGAUGGUCGGACUCAGCUACUUAUCUUGCUGCAUCGGAGUCAUUAUCGGAUGCGCAGUCUCGGGCAACAUGAGUGAUUGGCUGACCAUCAAGCUGGCCCGACGAAACAACGGCAUCAUGGAGGCUGAACAUCGAUUGUGGCCUUUUAUCAUGUGUGUCGUUUUCGUGCCAGCCUCUUUGAUCUUGUGGGGUGUAGGUGCUGCGCAUGGAGUCCAUUGGUUUGGCCUCAUCUUUGCAAUGGGAUCUCUCGCUCUCGCGACAACGUUCGGCGUCACACUGAGUGUCAACUAUCUGAUCGACAGCUAUCACGACAUUAGUGGUGACGCUAUUGUGACUGUGAUCCUUGUUCGAAACACAAUGUCGUUUGCAAUCAGUUACGGAAUCACUCCAUGGCUGACAAACCUUGGUUAUCAAGACUGUUUCAUUUCCGCUGCUUUUAUCGGCAUGGCCGCCUCAUCUGUCUUCUUGAUCAUGAUCUUUUAUGGCAAGAAAUUCCGCACUCAGAGUGCAACCAAGUACUGGAAGUUGGUCGGUGCUGAUAAAGCCAAGUAUGAAGGGAAAUAA